CUCGGGAAAAAAAGAAAAAAUCAAAGGUGGAGUCUUUGCUUCAUCUUGAAAAGGAGCAAAAAGGAAAAAAUAAUUUACACCCCUGCUCACGUUUCACGAGAUUUGUUCCCACAUCUAUUAGUUUAUUCAUGGUAGAGGUGUCGUUGUUUCUUGGAAUUUAAAAAUUAAAAAAGAAAAAGAAAAGGGAAAGAAAAGAAAUCGGUUCAUGUGUAAAAAAACAACUGGGGUGGGCUAGAGGUGGUGUGUUUGUCUUGUUUCUUCAUCUUCUCUGUCUGUUUUUUUUUCUUGGGUUAUUUUCUUUUUUUCUCUUCCGUCAUCCAUGUCUUCCAAUCAAAUCAGGUGGAGGCUAGUCUAUUCAUAUAUAUAUAUAUUGCCCCAUUCGGUGCGUCAAUUCUGUAUGAUUUCUCUCUCUUUCUCUCUCUUGGGAGGUUUCUUGCUUCCUUCUUUCUUUCCUUAGUUUUCUCGAGAAAAUGAUGGAAGCGGCGGAAAAUCCAAAGUUGGUUCACGGAUUAGAGGAGAAGGUUGCCAGCGGCCAGAUGGGUACUCAGAAAAUCUCGGUUUCCGAUCACGUCAACGGGUUGCAGUACGCCGGUGGCAAUAAAUCCGAUAAAUUCGUCAUCGACAUGGACAGCUUCACCGGAAGAGAUGUUCCUUCAAAUCCCAGGAUCAGUAGAAACCUUUCCCGGAAAUGGUCUCACCGGGGCAGUGAAGAGAAGACAAUUCCCAACAGCCACGCGAAUAACAUCGAAAGGAACGAGAAGGAUUCUGCUCUCCCUUCUCCUUCGCCGAGAGCUGCUAGUGGGCCUGAGAGACUCGCUGCUGGCCCGAUAGACCACAGCAGCAGCCCACAAAUCCACCAUCAGAUCACGAUCACUGCUGCAAACAUCGGCACUCCAGGUGAGAGCAGAUGUGUCCGUAGAAACAGCUUUCGACGGGCCUCAAUGUCUCCUUGGUGGAUUCUCGACCCAAAGAAGAUUCUCUUUAUUUUCGCCACACUGUCGAGCAUCGGGACGAUCAUGUUGAUAUACUUCACGCUCUCGAUUGGGAAGCCAAACAAUGCGAACGGGGUCGAUCUCGACCUGCAGCAAUGAUGGGAACGAGCUAAUUGUGAGGGUCAGUCGCAUUUGGAACCAGAGGAAUUAUGAGACUUCAAUCCAUGCCCGAGUUAAGAAUUACAGAGAGAGGUGGGGUAGGACAUAAGAGAAAGAAGACCUAAAGAAGCUGAUGACAGCCUUCCAUUGAAAUGGUUCCAUGCUGCUCAAAAAGGGAACUGUUUUCCGAGAAAGUGUGUUUAGAUAGAGACAAGGACAGAGUACAAUAUGACAAAGGAGAGGAAUCUUCAAUUUUAUAUGUUGUAGUGGGGGGAUGUGGGGAUGGAGAGAGAGAGAGAGAGAUCUGACAACACAUGAUUGUGUUUUUCUGGUGGGAUUUUCAUCUUCUUUCGCGAUGUUUGGUGUCUGUAAAGCACAGCUAAGCCUAAUGCAAUGAAUGAUACGAAAAAGGUUUUCCCUUUU